AGGGUGAGAAGGAGGCGCCAGCCUCCAACCUGCGGGCGGGAGGUGGGUGGCUGUGGGGCAAUUGAAAAAGAGCCGGCGAGGAGUUCCCCAAAACUUGUUGGAACUCCGGGCUCGCGCGGAGGGCGGUCGCAGAGCGGUGGCUGCCUGGGCAGGGGAGCGCGGGCUGGACAGUGAACCCUCUCCCCUUCGGGCUGCAAGCACGCCGGGCAGAGGCCAGGACAGGAGCCGGCAGCGGCGGGACCCGGUGCGGCGAGAACAGCGGACUUCCCCGGCGACAGGAGCAGCCCCGGGAGCCAGGCGAUCGCCAGUCCCAGGUGGCCCGGACCGCACGCCGCGUCCGCGCUGCUCCCGAAGCACCGGAGACGCUCCGUGCGCUGCGCGAGCGCCGCAGCCCGGUCGCUCUACCCCUCGAGGGACAAACUUUUCCCAAACCCGAUUCCAGCCCUCGGACCAAACUUGUCGCGCGUCGUCGUCCGCAGCCGUCCUCGGAGAGCGCGCACUUCUCUGGCGAGAUGUCCGAGCGCAAAGAAGGCAGAGGCAAGGGGAAGGGCAAGAAGAAGGACCGAGGCUCCGGCAAGAAGCCCGCGCCCGCGGCGGGCGGCUCGAGCCCAGCCUUGCCUCUUCGAUUGAAAGAGAUGAAAAGCCAGGAAUCGGCGGCAGGCUCCAAACUAGUGCUUCGGUGUGAGACCAGUUCUGAAUAUUCUUCUCUCAGAUUCAAAUGGUUCAAGAAUGGGAAUGAAUUAAACCGAAAGAACAAACCACAACACAUCAAGAUACAAAAAAGGCCAGGGAAGUCAGAACUUCGCAUUAACAAAGCAUCACUGGCUGAUUCUGGGGAAUACAUGUGCCAAGUGAGCAGCAAAUUAGGAAAUGACAGUGCCUCUGCCAACAUCACCAUUGUGGAGUCAAAUGAGGUCAACACUGGCAUGCCAAACUCAACUGCAAGAGCAUAUGUGUCUCCAGAGUCUCCCAUUAGAAUAUCAGUAACAACCGAAGGAGCAAAUACUUCUUCCUCUACAUCUACAUCUACCACCGGAACAAGCCAUCUUGUAAAAUGUGCAGAGAAGGAGAAAACUUUCUGUGUGAAUGGAGGCGAGUGCUUCAUGGUGAAAGACCUUUCAAACCCCUCAAGAUACUUGUGCAAGUGCCCAAAUGAGUUUACUGGUGAUCGUUGCCAAAACUACGUAAUGGCCAGCUUCUACAAAGCAGAGGAGCUCUACCAGAAGAGGGUGCUGACCAUCACUGGCAUCUGCAUCGCCCUGCUAGUGGUCGGCAUCAUGUGUGUGGUGGCCUACUGCAAAACCAAGAAACAGCGGAAAAAGCUUCACGACCGGCUUCGGCAGAGUCUUCGGUCCGAGCGCAACAACAUGGUCAACAUCGCCAACGGGCCUCACCACCCCAACCCGCCCCCCGAGAACGUGCAGCUGGUGAAUCAAUACGUAUCUAAAAAUGUCAUCUCUAGUGAGCAUAUUGUUGAAAGAGAAGUGGAGACAUCUUUUUCCACCAGUCACUAUACCUCGACAACUCAUCAUUCCACUACUGUCACCCAGACUCCGAGUCACAGCUGGAGCAACGGACACACCGAAAGCAUCAUUUCUGAAAGCCACUCUGUAAUCAUGAUGUCAUCAGUAGAAAACAGUAGGCACAGCAGCCCAACUGGGGGCCCAAGAGGACGUCUUAAUGGCCUGGGAGGCCCUCGUGAAUGUAACAGCUUCCUCAGGCAUGCCAGAGAAACCCCUGACUCCUACCGAGACUCUCCUCACAGCGAAAGACAUAACCUUAUAGCUGAGCUAAGGAGAAACAAGGCACACAGAUCCAAAUGCAUGCAGAUCCAGCUCUCAGCAACUCAUCUUAGAUCUUCCUCCAUUCCCCAUUUGGGCUUCAUUCUCUAAGACCCCUUGGCCUUUAGGAAGGUAUGUGUCAGCAAUGACCACCCCGGCUCGUAUGUCACCUGUAGAUUUCCACACGCCAAGCUCCCCCAAAUCGCCCCCUUCGGAAAUGUCUGCACCUGUGUCCAGCACGACGGUGUCCAUGCCCUCUAUGGCAGUCAGCCCCUUUGUGGAAGAAGAGAGACCUCUGCUUCUGGUGACACCACCACGGCUGCGGGAGAAGUAUGACCACCACCCUCAGCAAUUCAACUCCUUCCACCACAACCCCGCGCAUGAGAGCAGCAGCCUGCCCCCUAGCCCCUUGAGGAUAGUGGAGGAUGAGGAGUAUGAAACCACCCAGGAGUACGAGCCAGCUCAAGAGCCUGUUAAGAAACUCACCAACAGCCGGCGGGCCAAAAGAACCAAGCCCAAUGGCCACAUUGCCAACAGGUUGGAAAUGGACAGCAACACAAGCGCUGAGAGCAGUAACUCAGAGAGUGAAACAGAAGAUGAAAGAGUAGGUGAAGCCACCCCUUUUCUGGGCAUACAGAACCCCCUGGCAGCCAGUCUCGAGGCAGCACCUGCCUUCCGCCUGGCCGAGAGCAGGACUAACCCAGCAGGCCGCUUCUCGACACAGGAGGAUCUGCAGGCCAGGCUGUCUAGUGUAAUUGCUAACCAAGACCCUAUCGCUGUAUAAAAACCUAAAUAAACACAUAGAUACACCUGUAAAACUUUAUUUUAUAUAAUAAAGUAUUCCACCUUAAAUUAAACAAUUUAUUUUAUUUUAGCAGUUCUGCAAAUAGAAAACAGGAAAAAAAACUUUUAUAAAUUAAAUAUAUGUAUGUAAAAAUGUGUUAUGUGCCAUAUGUAGCAAUUUUUUACAGUAUUUCCAAACGAGAAAGAUAUCAAUGGUGCCUUUAUGUUAUGUUAUGUCGAGAGCAAGUUUUGUACCGUUACCGUGAUUGCUUUUCCACAGUAUUUCAGCAAAACCUCCCAUAUAUUCUGUUUUCGCUGGCUUCUUGUGCAUUGCAUUAUGAUGUUGACUGGAUGUAUGAUUUGCAAGACUUGCAACUGUUCCUCCGUUUGCUUAAAGUAGCACCCAAUCAGUACGUCUUGUAAUGGCACAUCCAUCCAAAUACUCUUCUCUUCUGUACGAAGUUUUCUUUUGCUUUCAGUCUAUGAAAUGAGUCGUGUCUAUUCUGCCAGCCAAAGGUUUGCUUCACUGGGCUCUGAGAUAAUAGUAGAUCCAACAGCAUGCUACUAUUAAUUACAGCAGGAAACUGCAUUAAGUAAUGUUAAAUAUUAGGAAGAAAGUAAUAUUGUGAUUUUUUAAAAAAAAACUAUAUUAUUCAUCAGAAGACAGCUUGCUGUCACUAAGAGGAGCUAUCACUUAUUUUAUUUCAAUUUAUUUUUCUUGACAAAAAAGCAACAGUUUGGAGGGUAGCAGAGAAAAUGGGUUCUGGCUUGCUAUUAGGGUAAGACCAACACCUUAUCAGAGGACUCAAUGUCACUUUCUCUCUGGGGGAAUGACACAACAGCACAUCUAGUUGAAGAUCAAACCAGGGCUGGACAAGGUGUAAUCAUUCCUGACUUGCAUUUUUCACUGAUUUUGGAGCUAGUGAUUGGUUCUGUCUUCUUGGCUUGAAACAGACAUGCUAUGGCACAAACACCCCAGCUCCAACAGCACACUCAGCACUUGUCUGAAAUACCUAGAGUGAAACGUGCCUGCUGUGCCUAGUGGUGACUGGUAAUCAUAGUGUCCAGAGGAGGGAUUGAUAGAAGACACAGGUGGAGGGCAGCUGUGUGGCAUGGGUUGCAAUUUUAAACAGUUUUGUUGACCACUCCUUUCUCCUCAUUAGUUUUCUCUUGCUUUUCAAUGUCGCCUUGAUUAGGUCAUGACUAUGCAUGAACAUUUUUGUCAGGAAUGGCCAACAUGCAUGUGAUUUGUGACUAGUAAGAACCUUCUGAGAGUGAUGCUUCAUCAGGCAACGUCAAUAGUGUUGGAAAGACUGCACCUUUCCCUGCAGAAACACGACCCCCUCCUGUGUACUGACCUCUUGAUUCCCAGCCUGUAUCACCCAUUUCCUCCUUUGUUUUUGCUUUACUCUCACAGAACAGGACUAAGAUGGGUCUAAACUUUGCAUGUUCUCUUGGGAUUGUAAAUCCAAGGAAGGCCUAUAGGUAUCAACAUUUGAAAGAACUGCUAAUUCAGGAAAAUAAUAGCUUUUUGUAAAAAUUGCAGGCCCCCAUUUUAUGAUCUGCCUGAUACCUGCCGAAUCUGGCUGGAGCUUUACUGAGGUUCCAAGUAGACUCCUGGGAGCCAUGUGACAAAAUGGGAAACAGGUUAGCAAGGGGUCCAAAAUACCAGGCAUGAAGUCAAUGAGAGUAACUGCUGCUUGUUGGCAGGUGAACUGAACCUAUUUCUUCACCAAAUUUCUAUGUUAAAGGUAAAGGGGAGAAGAUACAUGCAAGUAGGUCUUAGAAGAAGAAUGCAGGCUGGGCAUGAGUCAUGUCAUUGAGCUCCUACAUGUUUCUACAAUCCACAGAGAUGCCUGAUUGAUUGCAGGUCUUUGAAGUUACUCUGAGUAUUUGAUAUCCCAAGCUGCCCUUCACUGUUCACAUACCACUUCCUCUGUGCCCGGCAGUGCCCUCAUCAGCUUGUUAAUCCACACGGAGGGGCCCCUGUCAGGCGGCACAAGUUGCACUGAUUGCCCAGGUCUGUAGACAUGAGUAAGCUCACGGCAGGAGGAAGAAGACAGUCAACCCAAAGAGGUUCUAUAAGUUAUUCUAAUAUUGCCUUUGAGUCAGUCUUGGACUACUUCAAUAAAAAAUUCCUAUCACAAAUUAAAACUACAACUUUUGUUUCUAAUUCUACAGACUUAGGAGUAUUCACAUGUCUCAUUCUGAAUAAUUUCAAGAAUAAAUAAAAUAUCGAGAGCAAUGAACAACAUGAAAAUUGUUGUAAAUUUUCAGGUUACAAAAAUAUAUGAAAACUUAGGAUAAGAGGAAAGUUUCUUUCCAAUUUGAUUCUAGUCACUCACAGAGGGGGCGUUAUUCGGGACAGCAUUCCCUGUAAAACAAGAGCUUCCCUUGAUAAGAAAGGCCAGCUGACUCCUCAGGGCUACCUGCUGCGGCCACCGGAUUUGUGUUCACAGGGAUAUCUCUAUGAUGUUUAACUGCCACGUGGCUCUCAACCACCCACCCUGUUUAUAAACUCAGGCAGUGCUGUGGCCAUUCAAAGGAGGGUGAACCUAUGUUCCCAGCAGAUGAAAAGCUUCUGUGGGUUUUUGGGUAAUUGCCCAGAAGUUCCACAGCCACUCUGCCCCCUGGAAAUCAUAUCCUACUGAGGGGUAUGCAGUGGAACAUAGUAUAUGCAAACUUCUUUUUCUCACUCGAGAUUCCUUUACUAUCCUACUCUCCCUUCUUGCCUGUUAUGACUUUUUUCCAAGAGUACCUGGACAGCCUCAUGCUUUCUACAAACUAACACUCUACCAGGGUGUAUGUGAAUGUGUUUCAGACACCAACAUGCUGUAUCUUCCUUGUUUAAGUGUGACUGUCUUGAUACAGGUGGAGUUUAUCCAGGGUAACUUGCUCAGUAAUUAUUCCUAUUUUUUUUCUGGCCUAGAGUUAAAAGGGGCACAGCUCACAUUGGUGAAAAUAAGGAAGGCUAGUUUUAUUAUUUAGCACUGGCUGCGUUCCACCAGCCACAGAGAUGCGAUUUCUAUCUACAAAGGCCCAUGAAACACUGCAGAGAAAUGCAGACAAAGGGAAAUGGCCACAUAUCACAAGUUCUAUUAUAUAUUCUUUUGUAAAUACACCAUGUACAUUACUUAGAUGUUUUCCUAAAUCAUUUACUGUCUUUAUGAGUUAAUGUCAGAAUUUUACUCUCUCAACUUACUGUGUAACAUUGUAAAUAACAUAAUGUCCUUUAUUAUUUAUAUUUAAGCAUCUAACAUAGAGUUGUUUUCAUAUAAGUUUAAGGUAAAUGUCAAAAAUAUAUGUUUUUUGUUUUUCUUCACUUUAAAAUUAUGUAUCUUUUUCUUUUUUUUAAAGAAUAAUUUAUUGUUCAGGAGAAAGAAUGUAUAUGUAAUUGAAACUAUUUGAAGAAUGCACAUUUGAAAGCCGUGGGGGUACUGAUAAACUAAAGAAUUCCUUAUCCAAAAUACUAAGCAAUAAGUAAUUGUGAUUUAUUUAAAGUUUUGUUCAUUUUCCAUGAACGAAAUACUGCAAUAAAAAUGCCACUCUGUGGAGACCUGGGAGUGUUGCUCAGCAGACUAACGUUUCAGUCUGUUAGACCAGCACCUUUCGUGUUCCUGCGACAGAUGUGCUAAUAUAGGAAUGUGUUCCAUGGACCCCACAUCAUCUUGUCUGUGCUUUGCUUUGGCCUCACUGUCUAUUCUGAGUCAUCUGCUGCCUAUUGAUUCUUCUUGCCACUGUAUUCCUUGUUUAAGGGGCCACACCCAAGCAAUAUGAUGUCUCUCCCCACCCCCCUCUCCAUACACACAAUAACAUGUCAGAGAGGACAUUCUAGGCAUGAUCACUGGGUCUUGGUUGUUAACAUGUUCUGUAGUAACAGCAAGAAACUUCUUCAGACCAAUGGAAAUGUCAACAUGGCAACCCAUGCAGUCAUGAGAGGAAAACUUGUCAUUAUCAUUCAAAUAGUCUGAUGGCCACCAUGGCCUCAACGCAGCCAGUCAGAACUUUGCCAUGCUAAGCUUCCUAUCGUUUCAGUCAAUUUAUUUUACAACAGGCUCUUAAUUUAAUGAUUCACUGUUUUAAGAGGAGAUAAGGCUAAAUUGGGCUCAUUCCCCUUGUUCUAUCAAUAAAUUAAACUCAAUGUCCAUCUUACUGCUCAGGGAAGGGCGUAUGCAUGAGAAAUGUCCCACAUCCUAAAACUCACAGAAAUGAGGAUAUUACUUUUCUUACUGAAAUUAGCCUAAACAAAAGCCAUAUUUUAACAAAUAGUUAUUUGCAUGGGUGGUACUUUUUAUAUAUUUCAAGCAUUUUACUCAGUAUUCCAAACAGGGUAAGGGCGAGGAGAGGUCAGCAAUCCUUUGGGGUACACAGUGGUCCCCUUUGAAGUUUGAUGAUACCUGAGGCUUCCCAUCAACAUCACUUCCAUAUAUGCACAUGAUUCCUGUUACCUACCAACAGUUUCACUAGUGUCCUCUCCAAAACAGUCUGGAUGUCUAGAAGAGUCAGAGUGAUCUUUAUGCUAGUUUUACUAUUUACAUUACUAAAUUUUCAAAACUAUUCAGAAACCUCACAUUUGUGUCAACUGUGAUUUACAUGCACACACACACACACACAAAUGCUGAACACACACUAACCCAAAGCCACCACAUUCUUUCACCUAUUCAAUUAAGAAAAUCAAGGAUUGAGCAGAAUUUAAAAAUUAAAGAUGAAGACAUUUUCCUAUGUCUUCAAAUUUAAGCCGAGGCUUUGACCAUCUCCCAGAUUGAAAACUACAAGCUGUCUUAGUGAUUUCUGUUAAAAUUGGGUACCUAAGCUAUAUUUGAGGAAGAUGCAUGUGUGGUGGAGGGAGGUAUGGAGAGAGUGAAGAUAUACAUAUAGCCAAAUUAAAUAUCUGGAUAAUUGUUUCUAUUCCCCAUUCACUUCAAGACUCUUGAAUGUCAAACCCAGGCCAGCUCUCCAAACUAGCAAACGAUCUAUCUUUCCAAUGUAGUGUCUUCCCCAUCAUUUGAUUUCUUUGCUCUCUGUCCUGAUGAUGAAUGACAAGAGGACUCGAUGUCAAGGAUUUGGGGUUAAGAGAGGCAAUUCUGAAAUCUAGAGAUUUAGGAUGCUGGAAGGAAUGGGCAUUGUUUGGUCUCAUGUGAAUCGGUCUGCACUCCACCUUUGGCCAGCCCUCCCUGAAAUGGAUAGCAUGAAAUAAAUUUAUGAAAACUAUUAGUCCAAAUGAUUAAUUUGGUAGGAAAUAGAAAUACUUUCUGUUUAUAAACGACAGAACCAUCCUACUGCUACAAAAAGCAGCAAUAUUUCUAACCUCUCAGGCUGUUGUUGGUCAAUUAGCUGGGCCCAAUCCUCCAUGUUAUGCUCCUGUUGACAUCCUGACACUGCGGUUGUUGGACCUCUCUGGUGAGCUGUUGGUUUUGCACUUCAGUGAGUUCCAAAAUAUCAUCCAUCAGGAAAAUAGGAAAGGACUUUGUUACCUGGAGGAAAACCAUCAUGAUCUACCUGAUUCUUUUAAGAACAGGGUAGGAGAAGGAGACCAGUAAUUCCUAAAGAGGAGACAAAAUGUGGCAAUGGUUCCACCCAGGAUCUUUUUCUAACCCUUCCCCUUCAAACUGACUUAUUGAGACAAUUUGAUGGAGGAAACAAUAUCCCUUCCCACCCCACAGCAUGCUGAAGAGGCUAGAGAAUUAUUUGUAGAUGUAAACAUCAUUUAUAGCUUGUAUAGAUUUGCUCAUAAGCAGACAAAUAACCUGUUAAGUAUAAGUAACAUUUUAUCACAUUUUAUGACUUAAAACAUACUUUAUCUCCUUUUCAUUCGCACUUUUGACCUUCUGGGAUAUUGAUAUGAUACAUGAUGAGGACAAUUAGGCUCAGGGAAGUAACAAUCUUUACUGAAGCUACACACGAGUGAGUUGCAGAGAUAAUAGUAAUAUCAAAGUUUUCUGACUACAAUUCUUAUUUCUACUGACCAUACUCCUCCCAACCCUCUGACCCAAGAACAAACAAGUCUUUCAUUUUUUAUUUUUCAUUACAUGGACAGUCCAUGUUACAACCAAAACCAAGUUCCUAUUUGAAAGACAGUGAGCCCCUCUGACUUAGGUUUAGAGAUACUCUAGAACCCAAUUUGCUUGGCAUAGUGGCUCUAUGUACCUUUCCCUAAACAUAGCUUCCUAAGGAAAUGAAGUGUAGCCAUGGGAAUGAAUUCUCAGUUUCAAUAUGUAGGUAACACCUGCAGCGGAAGGAGUAGCACUUAGCAACUUUGUGAAUUUGCACGAUUUCCUUCUUCAAGCUUAUUUCCUGAUCUCUAACAUGGCAAUUCAACGGACUUCACAAGGCUGGGAUGUGGUGACGAUAAAUUUGAGCACAUGUAAGGAAGCCAUACAAUGUCCACCCCAUAGUGAUUUUCAAAUACUACCUUCCAUUUGCUUUUUCCCUUCCAGAUUCUUAAGAUUUGGAAUCUAAGUUUCUCAGUUCCAAAUGGCAUACUCUACAUUGCACACACCGAUCAAAUAAACAUAUCAUUUCUCCAGUGUAGUAAGCAAAUAUUUGCAACAAGUAAAUUUCCUUUUAAUAAGAACUAUAUGUUGUGCAGCAUAAUCACUAACCAGCAUUAAAGUUGCAGCUCAAUAACUUCAUGUAUUUUAUGUUUGCUUCUUGUGUAGCCAUACCGUUUUACAUGAAGUCUCUAAUUUCAGUGUCUUAUUCUAUUAAUGUUUCAUUAUAAUUCACAGAAAUUUACUAAAACAUAACUCUUUAUACAGUUUUCAUAAUUCCACCUUCAAACUUCACUGCAAAUAUCUACUAAGAUAAACAGACAAAAAGAUCCUAAAUAUAUAGGAUGCCUAUGCACACCAUUUGCCUUAGUUUGCACCCAGAAUGUUUAGACAUAUUUCUUUUUCUUAAACUGUAGUCCAAAGGCCCAGCAAAAGGUCUGCCUGCAGAGCAACAACAUCAGAGGAGUUAAGUCUCAGAUUAAUUCCUAAAUGUAAGUAACCACUUGGUUUAUAGAUGUUUCUCAGCCACUCCCAUUACCCAACCUAAAGUUCUUAAGGUUCUACUCACUCUUCACUCUAUGCAUAAAACAGAAUUCUUGGGUCCAAAGCAAUUAAUAAUUUAUAGAUUUAAGUUUGUUUGAUUCAAUCCUUUAAAACUUCAUCCUCCAUCAAGGGUGGCAGGUGACUUGGUCUUAUGAUAUAUAUCACCAGGCUCAUGGCAUAGACAUUGUUAAUAGUAAGAGAGUCUCAUAUAAUUGUCCACACAGCAUCCUUCAUUUAAAUAAAAAUGUAUUGCAUUGAAAUAAAGUUGUCUUAAUGUUUUAAAAAA